CAGUGCCACUUUAGCUAGCAACGUUUCCAUGUGUGAACCCUGUGACAGUGCUUGUGAAAAAGCAACUACAAUGAUGACACCAUUAGAAACAACACAGAUAGCCACACUGCCUUCCACUUCAUCUGUUUCUUCAAAUUCAGAGACUACAGAAUUGAGAAUAACAACUACAGAUUUGAAAGACGAAACGACAUUGGAAACUAAAUCUACAGAUGCCAGUUGUGCUUUGCCUGAAGAUUUGAAGAAUACAGUGUGGGAAUAUAAUUACACAGACGUAGCAGCCAAUUCAGAACAAUCAACCAAUCUCUACAUCGCAAACACAACGCUACCAAAUUCCGUCAUCAAUUUGAAUGAUGGAGGGAGCGUAGUAAACAAUUGGACUUGUAUUAAUAGUUUAACUAUAUCUGACACAUCGAAUGUUGUUGUUUUCAAAAGUGACGCAAGCUUUCCCUUGAGUGGUGGUAGCAGACGAUUAUAUCUUUGUAUGAAGUUUACAAAAGUUACCACAGAUUUAUUUUACUUUCACCUUUUGUCAGCAACUACAAUGAUGUCAUCAUUAGAGACAACACAGAUACACACAAUGCCUUCCACUUCUACUGAAAUUGACAUAACAACAGAUAGGACAGCAACAGAAAAUACACAGAAAACAUCAAAACCAGCCACUUCUGAUGCUAUUGACACUACGACAGAUGUGAUGUCAACAGUAACAACACAAAUAACAACGUUAUCAUCCACUUCUACUGAAAUUGAUUCUACAACAGAAAUAACAAUAAUAAAAACACCCGAAACAACGUUACAAACAACUUCUACUCCUACUGAAAUGGACAGUUUAACAGAAUCAACGACAACAGCACCAAAAACAACACUGCAUACUACUUCUACUGCAAUGGACACUACGCUACAACUAAAAUCAACGGAUACCACACAAACAACUGCCGUCCAUUCUACUAGUACUGAUUUGAAAACAUCAACACAAACAACAAUUCCGUCCGCUUCUACAAAUAGAGAGACUACAACAGAAUUAAAAGUGACAACUACAGAUUUGAAAGACGAAACGACAUUGGAAACUAAGUUGACAGACACAGAAAACUUGAAGCGAUAUAGUGGACCUAUUACACUCGUGGGAAUUUCAUGUGCUGGUUUUGUUCUUGUUAUUAUUAUUUUAUGUUUGCUCAAAGGAACCUCAAAGAAUAGUACAGAAGAGAUCGCGAACAACGGAGAAGAAAAAGCAUAUGCCCCUUCCCCAGAAAACUGCUAUAAAUUGUAUAAAGGCAAACAAUUUGGAUUACAGGAGAUUGCAAUUCGGCAUUGGGACUAUCACUAA